AAAAUUGGUCGAACCCGUAUGACCCAUUUAAAAAGGAGUCUCCCUCGAGAAGAAGGCAACAUAGAAGAAACCUUAUGCCCUCCCAAAGUGCUGCCAAAAAGACACCAUUUUCUUAGUGUUAACCAGAUUGUUGCCCCUCAUGCAUGCAUUUUCAUUUUCUUUCAAUCGUAGAGCGAGGGAAAUCUCUCGGAGAUCAAUAAUGGAGAACGCAAAGGUUCAAGAGAUUCUGGAGAAGCAAGUGCUGACGAUGGCGAAGGUGGUGGAGGACAAGCUGGAUAAUGAGACCUCAGCCCUAGAUCAGCUGGACAUGGAUGAUCUAGAUGCGCUUAGGGAGAGGAGGUUGCAGCAGAUGAAGAAGAUGGCGGAGAAGCGGAGCUGUUGGAUCUCCCUUGGCCACGACGAGUACUCCGAGAUCCCUUCUGAGAAGGACUUCUUCGCCGCCUUAAAGGCCAGCAACCUCGUCGUCUGCCACUUCUCUCGCGACAACUGGCCCUACAAGAUGGUAGAUAGGCACUUGAGCAUAUUGGCAAAGCAGCACAUGAAGACACGUUUUGUGAAAAUCAAUGCCGAGAAAAGUCCAUUCUUGGCAGAAAAGCUCAAGAUCAUUGUUCUUCCAACCCUUGUUCUCAUAAAGAAUGCCAAAGUUGAUGACUAUGUGGUAGGAUUCGAUGAGCUCAGAUCCUCUCGACUGGAAAAUAGCCUUUUCUCUUCUCUUCUCUUCUCUUCUCUGCAUAGCAAACUCAAAUAA